CCAGUAAUAGGUACAUAAAGGAUCGCGGAGUCUCACUCUUCUCAGAGCUUAGGUAGGUUUUUCGAGGGACGGACGGACGGCCGGCGACCAUCACUCCACGGCGGCGAUUUUUGCAACUUCUUUCGUCAUCUUCACUAGCGCUGCAGUAUAUAGGUUGCAAACAAAGCUAGGGUUUCUGGUUUUGAGUUUCAGAGAUGGCGCAUCUGGGCGGCGGUGCGGAGGCACACGCCCGUUUCAAGCAGUAUGAAUAUCGAGCCAACUCGAGUCUUGUGCUGACCACUGAUUCUCGGCCUCGCGACACCCACGAGCCCACUGGCGAGCCCGAGUCCCUCUAUGGCAAGAUAGAUCCCAAGACCUUUGGCGACCGUGCUUACAGGGGUAGACCCCCCGAAUUAGACGAGAAACUCAAAAAAGCUAGUAGCAAGAAGAAGAAGGAGCGUGAAGCACUUGCUUCUGAACCCAUGCCUACCAGGCAGAGCAAGAGAAGGCGCCUCCAAGAAGAGAGCGUACUCACUUCGACAGAUGAAGGAGUUUACCAGCCUAAGACCAAGGAAACUAGGGCAGCCUAUGAGGCCAUGCUUAGUGUCAUUCAACAGCAGUUGGGUGGCCAACCCCUCAACAUAGUUAGUGGUGCGGCUGAUGAGAUAUUGGCUGUCCUCAAGAACGAGACAGUAAAAAAUCCCGACAAGAAGAAGGAGAUUGAGAAACUCUUGAAUCCCAUUCCAAAUCAAAUUUUUGACCAGCUAGUUUCCAUUGGGAAGCUUAUCUCUGAUUAUCAUGAUGGUGGUGAUGCUGGUGGUUCGGCUGCAGCUAAUGGUGAUGAUGCUCUGGAUGACGAUGUUGGUGUUGCUGUUGAGUUUGAAGAGAACGAAGAGGAGGAAGAAGAAAGUGAUCUUGAUAUGGUGCAGGAGGAUGACGAAGAGGAAGAUGAUGUGAUGGAAGGAACUGGUGCUGGUGCCAUGCAGAUGGGUGGUGGAAUUGAUGAUGAUGACACACAGGCAGCUGAUGAAGGCAUGACACUUAAUGUGCAAGAUAUUGAUGCAUAUUGGCUUCAGAGGAAGAUUUCUCAGGCAUACGAGCAACAGAUAGACCCGCAGCAGAGCCAGAAGCUUGCAGAGGAGGUUCUUAAGAUCCUAGCUGAAGGUGAUGACCGCGAAGUUGAAACGAAGUUGUUAGUGCAUCUCCAAUUUGAGAAGUUCACCCUCAUUAAGUAUCUGUUGCGAAACAGACUGAAGAUAGUAUGGUGUACCCGUCUAGCCAGGGCUGAAGACCAGGAGAAGAGGAAGAAAAUUGAAGAAGAAAUGUUGGGAUUGGGGCCAGAGUUGGCUGCGAUUUUGGAGCAGUUGCAUGCCACACGUGCAACUGCAAAAGAGAGGCAAAAGAACUUGGAGAAAAGCAUAAGAGAGGAGGCACGUCGUUUGAAAGACGAGAGUGGUGUUGAUGGGGAAUGGGGACGAAGGGGGCUUGUGGAUAGAGAUGCCGAUGGUGGUUGGGUGAAGGGUCAGCGGCAGUUGCUUGAUCUUGACAGCCUUUCAUUUCACCAAGGUGGUCUCUUGAUGGCAAACAAAAAGUGCGAGCUUCCUCUGGGGUCUUACCGGAACCAUAGGAAGGGAUAUGAAGAAGUUCAUGUCCCAGCUUUAAAGCCAAAACCACUUGAUCCUGGUGAAGAGCUUAUAAAGAUAUCUGAUAUGCCAGACUGGGCACAGCCAGCUUUCAAAGGAAUGACCCAGUUGAAUAGGGUUCAGAGUAAAGUUUAUGAAACAGCCCUUUUUACAGCUGAGAAUGUACUGCUAUGCGCCCCAACUGGGGCAGGGAAGACGAAUGUUGCAAUGCUAACCAUACUUCAGCAGAUUGCAUUGCACAGAAAUGAAGAUGGGUCUUUCGACCGUAGCAAUUACAAGAUUGUCUAUGUGGCACCAAUGAAGGCACUUGUUGCUGAAGUGGUUGGUAAUCUGUCUAACCGUCUUCAGCAUUAUGAUAUCAAGGUGAAAGAGCUGAGUGGUGAUCAGUCCCUUACCCGCCAACAAAUAGAAGAAACCCAGAUCAUUGUCACAACUCCAGAAAAGUGGGAUAUUAUAACCAGAAAAUCAGGAGAUCGCACCUAUACACAGCUUGUGAAACUGCUAAUUGUUGAUGAGAUUCAUCUUCUGCAUGAUAACAGAGGUCCAGUUCUUGAAAGUAUUGUUGCAAGAACUGUGAGGCAAAUUGAAACCACAAAAGAGCAUAUUCGAUUGGUUGGCUUAUCUGCUACCCUACCUAACUAUGAGGAUGUAGCCUUGUUUUUACGUGUUGAUCUGAAUAAAGGACUUUUCCAUUUUGAUAAUAGUUACAGGCCUUGUCCCCUUGCCCAACAGUAUAUUGGAAUCACAGUGAAGAAGCCACUGCAGAGAUUCCAAUUAAUGAAUGAUGUUUGUUAUGAGAAGGUUAUUGAUAUAGCAGGAAAACACCAGGUUCUUAUCUUUGUCCACUCAAGGAAAGAGACAGCAAAAACAGCCCGUGCAAUAAGAGAUACUGCACUUGCUAAUGACACUCUUGGCAGAUUCUUGAAAGAAGAUAGUGUGAGCCGAGAAAUACUACAUAGCCAUACUGAACUGGUAAAAAGUAAUGAUCUUAAAGAUCUAUUGCCAUAUGGCUUUGCAAUUCAUCAUGCAGGGAUGGCUAGGGCUGACCGCCAGCUGGUUGAGGAUCUCUUUGCUGAUGGACAUGUGCAAGUGCUUGUUUCCACAGCAACUCUUGCUUGGGGUGUCAAUUUACCUGCUCAUACUGUCAUCAUCAAAGGCACCCAGAUUUACAAUCCUGAAAAGGGGGCAUGGACUGAAUUGAGUCCCCUGGAUGUUAUGCAGAUGCUGGGGCGUGCUGGGAGGCCUCAAUAUGAUUCUUAUGGGGAAGGAAUAAUUAUAACUGGUCAUAGUGAACUGCAAUAUUACCUUUCUUUGAUGAACCAACAACUUCCUAUUGAGAGCCAGUUCAUAUCGAAGUUGGCAGAUCAGUUAAAUGCGGAAAUUGUCCUUGGAACUGUGCAAAAUGCUAGAGAAGCAUUGAGUUGGCUCGGUUAUACUUAUUUGUAUAUUCGGAUGCUGCGGAAUCCUACUCUGUAUGGUUUGGCACCUGAUGCGUUGGCGACGGACAUAACUUUGGAGGAGCGGAGAGCUGAUCUGAUUCAUUCGGCAGCAAUAAUAUUGGAUAAGAACAACCUAGUCAAGUAUGACAGGAAAAGUGGUUAUUUUCAAAUUACUGACCUGGGUCGCAUAGCCAGUUACUACUAUAUUACUCAUGGAACAAUAUCCACAUAUAACGAGCAUUUGAAGCCUACAAUGGGAGAUAUUGAACUCUGUCGAUUGUUCUCUCUCAGUGAAGAAUUCAAGUAUGUAACAGUGAGACAAGAUGAGAAGAUGGAACUGGCAAAGCUUUUAGAUCGUGUCCCCAUUCCCAUCAAGGAAAGUCUAGAAGAGCCUAGUGCUAAGAUUAAUGUAUUGCUACAAGCCUAUAUUUCACAGCUAAAACUUGAAGGGUUGUCUCUAACGUCUGACAUGGUCUUCAUAACUCAGAGUGCUGGACGGCUUAUGCGGGCACUUUUUGAGAUUGUACUGAAAAGAGGAUGGGCACAAUUAGCUGAGAAGGCAUUAAAUUUGUGCAAAAUGGUUAGCAAGAGGAUGUGGAGUGUUCAAACACCACUUCGGCAAUUUCAUGGGAUACCAAAUGAAAUUUUAAUGAAGUUGGAGAAGAAAGAUAUUGCUUGGGAUAGGUAUUAUGAUCUCUCUUCUCAGGAGUUAGGAGAGCUCAUCCGUUUCCCGAAGAUGGGGAGAACCCUUCAUAAAUUCAUUCACCAAUUCCCAAAACUUAACCUGGCAGCUCAUGUUCAACCAAUUACUCGCACUGUCUUGAAGGUUGAGCUGACAAUUACACCAGACUUUCAGUGGGAGGACAAGGUUCAUGGGUUUGUGGAGCCAUUUUGGGUUAUUGUGGAGGAUAAUGACGGGGAGUAUAUUCUUCACCAUGAAUAUUUCUUGAUGAAGAAGCAGUAUAUUGAUGAGGAUCACACUUUGAGUUUCACAGUCUCUAUCUAUGAACCUCUUCCUCCUCAGUAUUUUAUUCGUGUUGUGUCUGACAGAUGGCUUGGAUCACAGUCUGUUUUGCCUGUUUCUUUCAGGCACCUUAUUCUGCCAGAGAAAUACCCACCACCAACUGAAUUAUUGGACUUGCAACCAUUGCCUGUGACUGCAUUAAGAAAUCCAUCAUAUGAAUCUCUCUAUCAGGAAUUUAAACAUUUCAACCCUGUCCAAACACAGGUUUUCACUGUCUUGUACAACACAGAUGACAAUGUCUUGGUUGCAGCACCAACUGGGAGUGGAAAGACAAUAUGUGCAGAGUUUGCUAUAUUGAGAAAUCAUCAGAAGGGACCUGAGGCUAUCAUGCGUGCUGUAUAUAUAGCUCCUAUUGAAGCUCUUGCUAAGGAGCGUUACAAUGAUUGGAAGAAGAAAUUUGGGGAGGGUCUAGGGAUGAGAGUUGUUGAAUUAACUGGGGAAACAGCAAUGGACCUAAAACUGCUUGAGAAAGGUCAACUUAUAGUGAGCACUCCUGAGAAGUGGGAUGCCUUAUCCCGCCGCUGGAAACAGCGGAAACAUGUUCAGCAGGUUAGUCUUUUCAUUGUUGAUGAACUUCAUUUGAUUGGUGGUCAAGGAGGCCCUAUCUUGGAGGUCAUAGUGUCUAGGAUGAGGUACAUUGCGAGCCAAGUUGAGAAUAGGAUCCGUAUUGUGGCACUCUCUACUUCCCUUGCAAAUGCAAAGGAUCUUGGUGAAUGGAUUGGGGCUACGUCUCAUGGUCUUUUCAAUUUCCCUCCAGGUGUCCGUCCUGUGCCCCUGGAAAUACACAUUCAGGGAAUUGAUAUAGCUAAUUUUGAAGCAAGGAUGCAAGCAAUGUCGAAGCCAACAUAUACUGCAAUUGUUCAACAUGCCAAGAAUGGGAAACCAGCCAUUGUGUUUGUUCCUACAAGGAAGCAUGCACGACUUGCUGCGGUUGAUCUGAUGACAUAUUCAAGUGCGGACAGUGGAGAAAAGCCAAUGUUCUUGUUACAAUCUGCAGAAAACCUGGAACCAUUCAUUUCCAGGAUAAAGGAACCAAUGCUGAGAGAGACACUGCAAUAUGGUGUGGGCUAUUUGCACGAGGGUCUUGCUACUACAGACCAAGAUAUUGUGAAAACUCUCUUUGAAACUGGAUGGAUCCAAGUAUGUGUAAUGAGCAGUUCAAUGUGUUGGGGAGUGCCAUUGUCAGCGCACCUGGUGGUGGUUAUGGGAACACAAUAUUAUGAUGGGCGGGAAAAUUCCCAUACUGAUUACCCGGUGACUGAUCUGUUGCAGAUGAUGGGCCAUGCUAGCCGACCUCUUGUUGAUAAUUCUGGGAAGUGUGUGAUCUUUUGCCACGCACCACGUAAGGAAUACUAUAAGAAGUUUUUGUAUGAAGCCUUCCCUGUCGAGAGUCAUUUGCAACAUUUCUUGCAUGAUAAUUUGAAUGCAGAGGUGGUGGUUGGAGUCAUUGAGAACAAGCAAGAUGCUGUGGACUAUCUCACAUGGACGUUCAUGUAUAGGAGGCUUACUCAGAAUCCGAACUACUACAAUCUUCAGGGUGUCAGCCACAGGCAUCUCUCAGACCACCUUUCAGAGCUUGUUGAAGGCACACUGAGUGAUCUGGAAGCAAGCAAAUGUGUUGCCAUUGAGGAAGAUGUUGAGCUCUCUCCCUUGAACCUUGGCAUGAUAGCGUCAUACUACUACAUCAGUUACACGACAAUAGAACGUUUCAGCUCGUCCUUGACGUCCAAAACAAAAAUGAAGGGCCUUCUGGAGAUUUUGGCCUCUGCUUCAGAGUACGCACUACUGCCAAUUCGUCCUGGAGAAGAAGAGUUGAUCCGGAGGUUGAUUAAUCACCAGAGGUUUUCCUUUGAGAAUCCGAAAUGCACGGACCCACAUGUGAAGGCUAAUGCACUGUUGCAAGCCCAUUUCUCAAGGCAAGUGCUGGGUGGCAAUCUCGCCUCUGAUCAGCGCGAAGUGCUACUUUCUGCCAGUAGGCUUCUUCAAGCAAUGGUUGAUGUCAUUUCCAGCAAUGGGUGGCUUAACCUAGCACUUCAGGCGAUGGAGCUGAGCCAAAUGGUGACACAGGGCAUGUGGGAGCGAGAUUCCAUGCUUCUACAGCUUCCACACUUCACCAAAGAGUUGGCGAAGAAAUGCCAGGAGAACCCUGGGAAGAGCAUAGAGACUGUGUUUGAUCUAGUUGAAAUGGAGGAUGAUGAAAGGCGAGAACUGCUGCAAAUCUCAGAUAUCCAGUUGAUGGACAUUGCUCGGUUUUGCAACCGUUUCCCAAAUAUUGAUCUGUCAUACGAUGUGGUUGAUGGUGACAAUGUGGGAGCCGGGGAGGAUGUCAGUUUGCAGGUUACCCUCGAAAGGGAUCUCGAGGGCAGGACAGAGGUUGGACCUGUUGAUGCCCUCAGGUACCCCAAGGCAAAGGAAGAGGGAUGGUGGCUUGUGGUCGGCGAUACCAAAACGAACCAGUUGCUUGCUAUAAAAAGAGUGUCCUUGCAGAGGAAAGCCAAAGUGAAGCUGGAUUUUGCUGCUCCUGGAGAAGCCGGCAAGAGGACGUAUACCCUGUAUUUCAUGUGCGAUUCUUAUCUGGGCUGUGAUCAGGAAUAUAGUUUCUCUGUUAAUGUCAAAGAAGCAGGUGCUAUCGACGAUGACAGUGGAAGAGAAUGAGACUGGAUUUCCUUUUCAGUUUAGGUUCCUACUAUAACAAUUACUUGCACAAUCAAUCUGCCUGCCUUUUUGUUAACUAUUCUAUUUCUACUAUUCUGUACCUGUAGUAGUGGUAAAAGCUUUGUACCUGGAUUUGCUUUUUUGUCCACUAUCCUAUAAAUGAUGAAUGAUGUUGGCUUUACUUAAAA